CUGACCGUUGUGAAGGCGAUUAUGCUGCUUGGAAAAGCGGUGCAGUAAAAAUCUGGCCAUCGACCGGUUCAGUCGUGCUGCAUCUUCGGUCCAGUCGCGACAAAGUAUCGAACACCAGCCAGUUGAUAGUGAUCUCAACGUUGCUAGGCCGUUGAUUAUUCAAUUAAUCGUCGAGGAAUGCUGGUUCAUACCAAUUACUUUCUCAUUCAAUAUAUAGUGUGAAGGUAUCUGUGGCACCAUUCAAUUCCAUCUUAGGAUUCCACGCCAAUUGAGCGAUUGUCCAUCGUUUGAUUUGAACUAAUAGACCCGUUGGAUCCUACCAUCAUCUGCAUUCCGCUAGCAGCUGCUCCAAUCAACCGUAUCGUAACGGGUCGUUGAAAGAGUUUGCAAAUGCCGUAAAGUUUCAAUGGAUUGAAGCAGAAUGAGUGGGAAAUAAGUUGCCGUUAAGUGAAGUUUUCGUUUAACCGAGGUACAGGUGCACAGAAUCAUAAACAGGCGAUAGAAGCACCGGGAUAUCAUUACGCCGAGGCAUGCACUUUUGAUAACAGUACAAACGCUCGCUCCUAUUGCAACGUAUCGUGAAAUUGGCCGUUAUACAAAAGCUGCAAGAUGGUGAAUUUUCAGGUCAACAAGAAGCUUCUGCCUAUGAAGGCACAUUACUUCCUCUUCAAUGCAGGAACUGCACCAGUGGUACCAUUUAUGCCGACUUUGGUGAAACAGCUGGGAUUCUCCUCCGUAAUAGUUGGAACGAUCUAUACUGUCCUGCCAAUCGUGGGUAUGCUGGUGAAGCCUCUUUUCGGCAUCAUUGCCGAUCGGUUCCAGCGUCAGAAGCUGCUGUUUCUCAUUUUUCAAAUUCUUACCGCAAUACCAUUCUUCCUCAUCAUGUUCAUACCGGCCAUUCCGCAAGAAACGACGGUCUCAUUCCACUGUCACGAAGGGGUUUCCGACUUUCGGUACUGCCCGGACAAUGGAACCACUAUCGACAAAUGUCUGGUAGAAGAGAUAACCCAAAACGAAGCUAACAACACCAUGAAUUGCUAUCUGGAGUGUGACACGGAACCGUGGAUGUGGGAUACCAUAUGCAAACACUGGAACGUGACGAAAUACUGCGACAAGAGCAACAUUCCCAGCGAUCAGUUGCUACACCUAACAGCCGUUGUGCCGUAUAAUCAAGUUGAAGAAGUCAAAGAGUGCCUUUUCUUCAUGGUACGCGAGGGACAAAUCGGAGGGCAGACAGUCCCGCUCUACUGUCCCGCCAACACAUCUGACUUCCGACCUACGUGUCGGGUUCAUUGCGACAAUGAGCGCGUGAUGGAAGCGAUCUCUAAUUCACACAUCCCAGACAGUAAGGUGACGGGACUGUAUCAGUUCUGGUUGCUGUUUUUAUUCCUCAUUGCUAGCUGGGCUGGUAUGGCCGUCGUAGUCAGCGUAGGCGAUGCCAUCUGCUUCGAGAUGCUCGGCGACAAACCCCAUCUCUAUGGCAACCAACGGCUGUGGGGCUCGAUCGGAUGGGGUACAGUGUCGCUGUUUGCCGGAUUCCUGGUCGAUACUUUCUCCGAGGGGAAGCUGACCAAAGACUACACGGUCGUGUUCUAUAUGACCGUCGUAUUGAUUGGGUUCGACAUUCUUUGCUCUUCUAAAUUACAACACACACAAACAAGAAUGUCCACGAAUAUUUUGAAGGAUGUAGGCCAAAUAUUUGCCAGCUUCCGAGUCGUGGUGUUUUUUUGCUGGUGCGUAAUGAUCGGGUUAGGCACUGCGCUCAUCUGGAACUUCCUCUUCUGGCAUCUAGAAGAUUUAGCGAAAGCAAUGGAAGGAUGUGGACAUUCGACAUGGAUUAAAACCCUGCAAGGUAUCAUCAUGUCGAUUCAAACAUUCGGUGGUGAGCUACCCUUCUUCUUCCUAUCCGGUUGGAUCCUAAAGAAGAUUGGUCACAUCCAUGCCAUGAGUCUGGUACUGCUGGGUUUCGGUGUACGAUUCCUACUUUACUCGUACCUCGUCGACCCCUGGUGGGUGAUACCGAUCGAAUUUAUGAACGGUAUUACGUUCGGCCUUUUCUACGCUACCAUGGCUUCGUACGCAAGUAUCGUCGCUCCACCGGGAACAGAGGCCACGAUGCAGGGCUUAGUAGGUGCGGUAUUCGAAGGUGUCGGAGUGUCGCUCGGUAGCCUGCUCGCUGGUCAUCUUUUCGAACACAUUGGUGGUAGUGCAACAUUCCGCAGCUUUGGAUGGGCAGCACUCGCCCUGUUCGUCGUGCACGUCGUGGUGCAAGCCUUAACAGAUCGAUUCGGUGCAAAGGGUAAGCUAGCAAGAAAGGAGAACGACUUCAGACUUGCAACAAACGAGGGACCGGACGGUGCCAUGGGCGAUGGACACGCCAAUGGGUUCGCAAAAACCAAUUCCAUUCUUUCCGACUCAACUGUACAAGAAGACUUGGUUGUGGAUGACCACAGUCAAAAGCAGGAUCUUGCGAAUGCCAAGACGAAAGCGGUUUCAAAUGGUACCGCUGAUGCCAAUCACUCACAGAAGGGCAGCUCCCCCACCGCGAAUGGGUCACCGGCGGCCGUCUCUGCCGGUGAAAGUGGUGGUCAACUGUACGAAGUGCCAUUGAAUGCAUAAUUUUGUACACACUAUUGCGUUUUGCGGAGUGCGGAGUAAUGACGUUUUUUGUCAGUGUGUUCAAGACUGAGAACGCAUUUAAUUACCUCACCACACCACAGAAACACCAGCCAAAAACACACAGAACAGUGACAAUGCAUUGUUCUUGUUCAAAAUUUGUUUAACGAUACCAUCUUCUUUCCCUUUAAUCCGCGCAUACACCCUACAAAGACACACUUUGUGAUCGAGACGUGAUCGCAAACACACGCAACGUACAAACAAAGCAUGGUACAAGAGUAUUGAAGGAAUUUCCCAAAUUUCACCAUUUGUUUCCCUAUUUUUGGGUAAACCUUAGUAUGUUAGAGUAGAUUUAAAGUACCCAUCUUGCUCCACUAUAAUGAUAUGUUUGCAUCGUUGCUUAAUUUCCUUGAAUAAACAUGAAAAGAUUGUGCCAGUCUAUUCGUACAGUCUAUUCGUUGCUUUCGCGCCGGAGUAAUUUUCAUCCCUCAUAGCCGUUUAUUCGCUUACGAAACGUAAUGAUUUUACGCAAACACGAUUGUGGCCCAUCGAAUAACAUAAAACGCGUUGUUCGAUUGAACUCA